CCAACCGCUGAGGCUGAGAGCAACUAUCAUCACUGUGCGCUCAACAGACGUUGGGAAAGAGGAGACUUUGGAUACUUCCCAGACGACCAACUAAAUUACAAUGAAGACGGCAUGUCUGCUCAUCUUGGCUUCCCUCGUGCUCUGCAACUUGACUGUAUCUGGAGGACAGGGCAUCCCCGCUGAGGACGAGACGGACGGAAGGACCAUAGACGACAUCAUACUACAGAGAGCAGAAAGUAUCCUGUUACGGUCCAUUCUCAAAAAGAUGCAGGAUGAAGACGGCAGAAACGAGGGAUCUUCCUCUCAGGCAGAAUGGGUGACAAAACGACAGCAUCCUGGUAAGAGGUACAGCGAGGAUUUUGAGAAGCGCCAGCAUCCGGGGAGGAGAGAAGAAGACGAGGAUGAGCAGUACUUGGAUGUUCAAAGGAGACAGCACCCGGGUAAACGCGAAGAUGAAAUGCACUCGUUCAUGGAGCUCCAGAAAAGGCAGCACCCGGGAAAGCGCUUCACGACGGGACAGAUUUCCGAAAACCCCGUAAUGCUCCUGAGCGAACUUUCAAAACGACAGCAUCCGGGAAAGCGCUACCUGGUGCUGCACAGCAAACGCCAGCACCCAGGUAAGCGUCAUCCCGAGGAUGAGGACGACGAUGGGGAGUGGGAUGCGGAUGCGGAUGGAGACGAAGACCUCGUUGAGUUGGAAAAGCGUCAGCACCCCGGAAAACGCUUUUGGGAUAACUCCAAUCCGGAUUUAGGCACAAACAGUCCGUGUGAUGUAUUGGACCAUACGAGCUGCAGAAAGACGAGUUUGCUGCUCGACUUUUUAGACAACAUCAACAAGAGUCAUGUCGACGAGAAGAGACAACACCCGGGUAAAAGGUUUGCACCCGAGGAUGAUUUAGUGGAAGAGUAG